AAAGAAAGGAAAUAUUUGAAUAUUCAUGGCUGCUGAACAGCAGUGAAAGACGUUCAAACAAGGAAAGAGGCGCCAACUUCAAAUGAUCCAAUCACGAUUGAGUAUUUACAAUCUGGCCAAUGAGAAACGGACUUUUGUCUCGCGAGUUUUAUCCAAUCAGGGCAACCCGGCUGUUGCUAUAAAGUCUGAUUCACCGUCUUUCCGUCAUUCAAACAGGAGUUUACUCGCAUAGUGACUGACUGAAAGCAGGGAAAGAUGGCAAGAACCAAGCAAACCGCUCGUAAAUCUACCGGAGGAAAGGCGCCGAGGAAGCAACUCGCUACCAAGGCUGCCCGAAAGAGCGCCCCUGCUACCGGCGGCGUGAAGAAGCCUCACCGUUACAGACCCGGGACUGUGGCUUUGAGAGAGAUCCGCCGCUAUCAGAAAUCCACCGAGCUGCUGAUCCGCAAGCUGCCUUUCCAGCGACUGGUCAGAGAAAUCGCUCAGGAUUUCAAGACCGACCUGCGCUUCCAGAGCUCCGCUGUCAUGGCGCUGCAGGAGGCUAGCGAGGCUUACCUGGUCGGGCUCUUUGAGGACACCAACCUUUUGAUAUUUGCUUCUGCUGUUGUGAAGAUGUCUGGACGUGGCAAGGGAGGUAAAGGACUCGGGAAAGGAGGCGCUAAGCGUCAUCGCAAAGUGCUCCGUGAUAACAUCCAGGGCAUCACCAAGCCUGCUAUCCGCCGCCUGGCUCGCCGCGGAGGAGUGAAGCGAAUCUCCGGGCUGAUCUAUGAGGAGACCCGCGGGGUGCUGAAGGUGUUCCUGGAGAAUGUGAUCCGGGAUGCCGUCACCUACACUGAGCACGCCAAGAGAAAGACCGUCACCGCUAUGGAUGUGGUGUACGCGCUGAAGCGCCAGGGGCGCACUCUCUACGGGUUCGGGGGCUAGAGAUCUGGACACGAAACACGAACACAAAGGCUCUUUUAAGAGCCGCCCACCGUUUCAUUUAAGGAGCUUUGAAUUAUAAAUCAAAC